AUGGCCGAGCUUCUCCGAGCUCAGAUUGCGCAGGCAAAGCGGCGCCGCGAGUCGGCGCAGGCUAAGCUUAAAGGUUUGGAAGCAGAGGCUGCCGAGCUGCGGCAGCAGUUAGACUACGGCAAGAAGGUCAUCGCACGGGAUGCAGUUGUCGAUGCUGAAGAGGUGCCCCUGAUCUCGUCAGCUGGCUUGCUGCAACGCUGCAAGCUUGCUGUGAAGGCUGGACCCUUGCCUGGUGAGCUUUGGCCGUACGUGUACUCUUCCAUAGCUCGCGCUGCAAUCCCGGAGGCAGUGGUUGCCCGGCUUCGGCAGCAGUUUGAUGCUGCCAUUUCCGCCGCUUCUGCCAAACAGGCUACGGCCAGGCGCGUGCUCCUUGAACGUCCCGACAAAGAUUUCCAAGCCUGUUUGUUCGACCUUUGUCGGAUUCUGGCAGCAGGCCUACGUGGCCGUCAGGAUUUCAGUCUUGAACUGGACCAGGUAUGGGGCAUGGCCUGUCGCCAAGGGGAUUACAGCCCAAUCAUGGCGCAACGAAACAUGAAGUCGCGACAUGGCUUCUCGUGCAUUAUGGACAUCGAGCUUCCGCCUUCGCUGAGUUGUGAGAAUCAUGAAAGGCCAUCGAAGGGGUCCUACGGAUUCCACGACGGCCUCCACAAUCUGCUUUGGAAGGGUGAUCGCACCACGGACAAGGAUGAUCUAGUCCAACCUGGCAUCAUUCAGCUGGAGCUGCGUGUGGGCCAACUUUACGUCUUCCCGGAUUGGGUGCAGACGCUGACGUACCCGUUUGAGGGCAACGGCGAGAGGCGCUGGAUUGUGGCGACAGUCGCUCUCCUGGAAGCAAAAAGCGCGAAAUCACUGACAAAGGUUUGGAAUCUGAAUUCAGCAUUCUUGUAA